ACGUAACUGAAAACAAGAUUUUACGUAGACCACGCACAUUGCGUAAAUACCAACAACAAACAUGGCGGACGAUCACACGGACGCAGACCAAUCUAUGGAGGUGCACACUCCAACAGCUGAAACCCCCCAUUCUGAAUAUGGACUGACGGAAAACAUCCAGAGAAUAGUGGAAAAUGAGAAAGCCAACACAGAGAAGGUCUCCAAACAGAAGGUGGAUCUGCAGUCGCUCCCCACGAGGGCAUAUUUGGAUCAGACAGUGGUGCCCAUUCUUCUUCAAGGCUUAUCUGUGCUGGCCAAGGAAAGACCUGCAAAUCCUAUUGAAUUCUUAGCAGCCUUYCUUCUCAAGAACAAAUCACAGUUUGAAGAUCGAAAUUAAGCUCCAGGCGGAUGGAAAUGUGCACUUUGAGGCCAUCUGUUUAAAAUCAAGGAAAUGGUUGUUUGUCAUUGGUUAUGUUUGCUAAUGAUACUGUAUGUAGUUUUUUAAACCAUAAUAAAGAUGGUGCUGCAGGGAAA